AUGUCUGACAGUGAGAGUUCUUAUGAAGAUAGUAAUGUAUCUGACGAAGACUAUGAAGCAGAAGUCUCCAAAAAGCGAUCAAAAAAAUCUUCAGCGCGUCCAACUAAAAGACUAAAGAAAACCAGAUUUGCAAUGAGCAAAUUCAUUGAUGACGCUGCAGAAAGUGGAGAUGAAGAAGAAAGUGACGUUGACUCUGAAUUUGAAGCUGAACGAGUUGAAGCUGAAAAAUUAAGUAAAUCUCUUCAUAAGAAGCGAAACAACGCUAUUGAUACCAUGGAGCCAGAAGAAAUCGCUCGUGAGCUCGAACGCAGAGUCCAUAGAGUUUCUUUUUCUGCAAUUCCUAAAGAUCUCGCACAUUUAUCUCAGCAACAGCAACUUCCCUCCAUUGAGGAUCCCAAACUUUGGCUCGUUGCUUGUCGAAGCGGCAAAGAAAGAGAAGCUGCUAUAAAUCUGAUCCAGAAAGCCUUGCAAAGAGCUCAAGAAGGGUAUGCCCUUGAAAUCUUCUCAGUUUUCGCUUCCAAUUAUGUCAGAGAUUAUAUAUAUGUUGAGGCUUAUAAAAAAGCCCAUGUCAUCACAGCUGUAAAAGGGAUCCACGUGCUCUUUGACAAUAGAAUAUCAAUUGUGCCUAUUGAGGAAAUGGUUGAUGUGUUUUCUAUGGACAAGUCAAAAAAGCAGACUAUUGAGCAAGGAAUGUUUGUCAGAGUUAAAAAUGGGGAUUAUAAAGGAGAUUUAGCACAAAUUGUAUUAGUGGAAGAACAUAGGGGUAAAGCAACUGUGAAAUUAGUCCCAAGGCUUGAAAAAACUGGAAAUAAAAAAAUAAGGCCGCCUGCUAAACUUUUCAACCCUAAUGAUUAUAGAGAUUAUGAAAGAAAAAGAGACACAACCUCUCAUGAGCUGUAUUUCCAAUGAAAUGGUAUGAGCUUUCACAACGGAUUUUUAUAUAAAACUGUAGCACUUAGAAGUUUACAGAUAGAAAACGUCAGCCCUUCUCUUACAGAAAUCCAAAUUUUCCAAAUAAAUAAUCAAGAAGAUUUAGAAGACCAAAAAGCUCCUAUAAUUCAAGCAAGAAAAAUCCUAUUUGUGCAAGGUGAUAAGGUCAGAGUUACAAAAGGUGAUGUCAAAGGUCUCACUGGGAUCGUCAUUUCUUCUAGCGACGGGAUGGCUUCAAUCGCUCCAUUUGUUGAAGAACUUUGUGACCAGCAGCUAGACUUCCCAAUCGACGAUCUUUCAAAGUUCUUCGAGAUAGGCGACCAUGUAAAAGUAAUUUCAGGAAGAUACCAAGGAAUAACUGGAAUGGUAGCAGCUUCCAAAGAAAGCUCAUUAGACAUGAUCUGCGAUGUCUCGAAAAAUGUCAUUACAGUUCUCAGCAAUGAUUUAAAACUCAGCGAUGAAGUAAGCUGCGGGAAUGGACAAAUUGAUAAUUUAAGGGUCAAUGACAUUGUAUGUUUGAAUAAUGAUAAAGCUUUUGGCCUUGUAUUAAAAGUAGACAGAGAUUGCAUAAAAGCCAUCAUGGACAAUGGAGAAACUCGAACUGUGUGGUCUCAUGAGAUAGCAAGAAAAUUUAACCCGAAUAAAGCAUCAGUGAUUGAUAGGGAUGGAAAUACUUUGAAGUCAGGAGACAUGGUGAAAGUCACUUUUGCGAGACAUGAAAGACACGACAAGUCAGGAUCAGUUAGAAAUGCCUUAAGAGGGAUUUUGUUUUUGUAUAUGCCUGAUUCGAUUGAUUCUAACUGCAUUAUCCCAAUAAAAGCGAGCUAUUGCAUAUUAUUAGGAAGUGACAAAAACAAGCCACAAACCCAAGGAGUAUCUAAAAAGGAAUGGGUUGGAAAAGCAAUCAGAUUAACUGCAGGACCUUACAGAGGAUAUACUGGGAAAAUAAUAGAUCUCAUAGAUAAAAGAGCAAGAGUUGAACUAAACACAAUUAGCAAGACUAUCACUGUAGAUAUUGAAAUUUGUGCUGAAGUAGGAUCUGCUGCAGAUGGGUUAGGGCUUCAAGCUCCUCAAGACAAUCUUUCAAGAACUCCUGCACACUCGCCUGGAUAUCCAAUGGGAACUCCUGCUCAUGAUAUUGCUUCACCGUGGGGCGAAACUCCAAGGCAUGACCCGUUCAGAUCAGACUGGGCACGCUCUCCAAGUGCGAAAAGAUUUUAA